CAACAGACGGCACACCCACCGGAACUCACUCCUACGGUCUGUCGCCGCUCGUACCCGCGCGCACUCCCGAGACACCAGGAAAUAUGGCGGCGCUCAUGACUCUCAGUCAGCUAUCGAAUGGAAGCCCAGCCUAUGAAAACCAUUACAGACAGUUGGAUCCAGGAAAUACGGGCAAAAUAUCAGCUGGCGAUGCAGCUCAAUUCCUUAAAAAGUCUGGGCUGUCAGACAGCACACUGGGGAAGAUUUGGGAUUUGGCAGAUUCAGAAAGAAAAGGCUAUUUAGAUAAACGGGGUUUCUUCAUAGCUUUGAGGCUGGUGGCAUCAGCACAGGGUGGAAAUGAUAUCAGUCUUAACAACCUCAACCAAAACUUAGCCGCACCUAAAUUUAAAGACACAAACAGCCCUUUAUUAAGUGCCUCAAUGACGACACUUGACUCACAAUGGGCAAUUAGGCAUGAUGAAAAAGGGAAAUUUGAGGGAAUUUUUGAGAGUCUAUCCCCUGUAAAUGGACUCCUCUCUGGUGAUAAAGUCAGGCCAGUUUUGGUAAACUCCAAACUACCUCUGGAUGUGUUAGGAAGGAUAUGGGAUCUAAGUGAUGUUGACAAAGAUGGACACUUGGAUAAAGAAGAAUUUACAGUGGCCAUGCAUCUUGUGUAUCGUGCCAUGGAGAAGGAGCCUGUUCCAACUAGCUUACCUGCUUCCCUCAUCCCUCCUGCUAAAAGGAAAAAGUCUGCAGUUACGCUUCCAGGUGCUGUGGCUGUGCUACCUGCUCUAUCCGGUCUUACCUCUGGUCCAGCUCCUGUCAUAGAGACCCUGCGAAGCACUCCUCCUCUGAGCAGCACAGCUCCCCUGAGCACCAGUGCUGUAAACCUUUCUCCAAAGCACUCCUUUAAAUCCAGCUCACAGCCAGUGGUGAACUGGGUGGUACCAGUGGCUGACAGAGAGAGAUACGAUGAUAUUUUCAAGAAAACCGACACUGAUGGCGAUGGUCUCGUCACAGGCAGUGAGGUUAUAGAGAUCUUUAUGCAGUCCACUCUCUCCCAGACAAUGCUGGCACAGAUAUGGGGACUCGCCGACACGAAACAGGUGGGAAAGCUGACCCGUGAGCAGUUCUCUCUGGCCAUGUACCUGAUCCAACAAAAAGUUGCUAAGGGCAUAGAUCCUCCCUCCACUCUCACUCCAGAAAUGAUCCCCCCAUCAGAAAGGACUGCAGCUGUGGGCCCUCAGAGCUAUGCAGAGCUUAUGUCCUCAGUGAGACCAGGACUUGCUGCAUUCGCAAGUAUUCGCAGAGACGGUACCAGCUCCACAGGGUCGGCAGAGCUGACAGGCAUCAAAGAGCUCGAUGACCUCAGUCAGGAAAUAGCUCAGCUGCAGAGAGAGAAAUUCAUCCUGGACCAAGAGAUUAGGGAAAAGGAGGAAGCCAUCAGACAACAAAACAGCGAUGUUCAAGACAUGCAAAAUGACUUGGAUAGAGAGAGCAGCAGCCUGCAGGACCUGGAGUCUCAGAAGCAGGAUGCCCAGGAACGUCUGGAGGAGAUGGAUCAGCAGCGCUCCAAGCUUGAGGGGAUGCUUAAUGACGUAAAGCAGAAGUGCCAGGAGGAGACUCAGAUGAUUUCGUCUUUGCAGAGCCAGAUCCGCUCUCAGGAGACGGACCUUCGUAGCCAGGAAGAUGAACUGAGUCGCACCAAGGCUGAUCUGAGUCGGCUGCAGGAGGAAGAGGCCCAGCUGGAACAAAGCUUGCUCUCCGGUCGUGUCCAGCUGGACAGCAUCAUUAAGUCACUCAAAACCACCCAGGAGGAGAUCAGCCAGGCUCGCAGUAAGCUGUCGCUGAUUCAGGACAGCCAAAAGGAGAUGACCAAGACCAUUGAGGAGUACAACAGUGCUUUGAGCGACAUCAGCGGGGGGAACUUCAGCAACCUGCCAGACUUAAGUGGAGGGUUUGCUGAGAAGGAGAAUGGAGGUUUCAGGAGUGCGGAUGACUCUUUCAAGUUAAAGAUAGCCAUGUUCAACAACAACAGCAGUACUAAAGAGACUCCAGCAGACCCAUUCCAGACAGAGGACCCCUUCAAAUCUGACCUCUUCAAUGAUCCAUUUGGAGGAGAUCAUUUUAAAGAAAGUGAUCCAUUCAAAGGUACUUCAUCUGAAGACUUUUUUAAGAGGACUGACAAGUCAGACUUGUUUGGAUCUGCAGAUCCCUUUGGCAGAAAACCCACACCACCAGUCAAGCCAAGUGCCUACAGCAGUGGUGACCCUUUCUCAUCAAGCAGCUCGAAACCUAAGGAUUCAGAUUUGUUCAGGAAGGUUGAUCCCUUUGGAAGCAAGGGAGGAGGAUUUGCUGACUUUAGUCAGAUGUCAAAGAAGUCGGACAAUCCUGUACUCCCAUCAAAGAAAAAUGUGCCUAACCGGCCUGCACCUCCCUAUGUAGGUAAGCUCAGUUUGAGUACAUCAGAGCUGCUCCAGAACAUUUGCUCCUCAGCAGACAAUAAAGACUCUUUUGUUACAACACACUCAAGUAAAGCACCUACAGACUGUCCGGUGGGUUUUGCAGAUUUUGGCUCUUUUGGAAGUGAGAGCCAGCAGUUGGAGUGGGCCAAGCAAGAGAGCGAGCGUGAGGAACAGGAGAGGCUGAAGAGGCUGCGGCUUCAGGAACAGCAGGACCUGGAGCUGGCCAUCGCUCUCAGCAAGGCAGACAUGUCCGAUGCCUGACCAAGCAUGCCACUUCAUUGAAGCCUGGCUUCAUCAUACAAGUACAAAGCGAUUUAUCGCAACCCGGACCAGUAGGGUACAUGGCUGCAACCUGUAUCUAGCUCCGUAUCUUGUUAUGCUUAAUCAACCUACCUUGUUUCAAAGCUUGUCUGCUGAAGAUAAAGUAACUUUUGAGGAAUAUUUUACCGUUGUAUUUAUAUACUAAAGCAAUGAAUCUGUGGUGUAUGAAGUAAAGUGCACUCUAAAUCUGUUUUAUAUAACCUUUCAUUACUCAGACAAAUUCAUAUUGAAAGUCAAACCAUACACACUAACUACUCUGUUUGCCUAUGAUUUGGUUUGUCCAAUGGCAAAUGCUUUUUUUUUCUUUUUAUUAAGAAACGUCUUUGUGUACUGUAAAUAUUGUUCUAUGUACAAGCCUUGGGUCAGUGAAGUGUAUCCUUUAAAAAAAGAAGUCUGUCUUAAAGAACUGCAGCAUAAUUGUCAGAUCAUCAAUGGCAUGAUUUAGACUGCAAAUGUUACAAGUGUUUCUAGCUUUUAUAUCUACUAUUUAUGGCAUUUAAAGUGCAUGAAUUGAAGAAAUAUAGGAAUAUUAUCUGAACCCUUAAGAUGCUAGUGAUAAUCAUUAAGGUCUUCCUCCCAUAUGAACAAAGAUCUGCCCACCUGGAGUGCUGUUCACCAUCACUCUGAUGUCAGCAGCUUGUAUUUGUCAGAUAGUUCAUCAUUGGUUGCCUUGUUGUGACACCCAAGCAACUUGCACUCCCAUACAACUAAAAGCCUCUAUAAAAUGGAAAAGUGUAAACCUUCAUUGACUGUACUGGUGCUGUUACACUUUGCUUUGCCAUUAUACUUCUUGAACUAUUAUUCAGACUACCAACAAUGCACAGUGAUAUGUGCUUCCAAGUUUUUGCUUUUCUCUCAACAGCCUAAUCCCAUUUUUUCCUGUGGAUUUUUUAUUUUACUUUUUUGUUCAUUAUUGUCCGAUGAUCCAGUUGGAGGACAUUUCUUCAAAUGCCUUAAAAUAUUGCAUUAUUGUAAUUACUCUAAUCAGGUUUUUUGGCACAUAAUGAAUGCACUGUAUAUUCCAGAGCUUACUGGACAUGUACAGAGUGACCGCGCCUUAUUUAUCAACAUAUCAACACUGUAACACGUUAUCUUGCACAUUCUAUAUGUAAUUCUAAAAAUUUCCUCUCAGUUUUGAGUUGCUCAAAACUAUAACAACUUUCAAUUGAAUAAAGGUGAUUUUUAACAUUCUUGGAA